GGAAGAUCUGUCUCCCAUCCGAUCAGAGUUUUUGUGGUAACAGCGUAAGCAUACGAAACCACAAAUAAUUAAUUUACAUAAAAGUAAACGUCACCGGUACCGGUAACGGCUCAUUCUUAUUGACUCCAAUUAGGAGGAGAAAGGAGAAAUCCAAGAAAGCCCUGGAUUUGGAAGUCCCAGCCAUCCGAUCUGACCCAGGCUACAAAUAGUAAUUUUCGUAUAGAAAGAAAAGAUCUGCUAGGGCUUCAUUUACUAUUUUUGGAAUUUGUGAGAUGGCAGAGAAGUCAUGUAUCAAGCGCCUUCAGAAGGAAUACAGAGCACUUUGUAAAGAACCGGUUUCCCAUGUUGUGGCCCGUCCUUCCCCAAAUGACAUUCUUGAGUGGCAUUAUGUGUUGGAAGGAAGCGAAGGAACGCCUUUUGCAGGCGGAUAUUACUACGGAAAGAUCAAGUUCCCUUCAGACUAUCCCUAUAAACCACCAGGGAUUAGCAUGACCACUCCUAAUGGACGGUUCAUGACACAAAAGAAAAUCUGCUUAUCCAUGAGCGAUUUUCAUCCUGAAAGUUGGAAUCCAAUGUGGUCUGUAUCUAGCAUACUCACAGGGCUUCUUUCAUUCAUGAUGGACAACAGUCCUACCACUGGAAGUGUGAACACUACUGUUGCUGAGAAGCAACGUCUAGCAAAGGCUUCCCUUGCUUUCAAUUGUAAGAACCCAACAUUCAGGAAAUUGUUUCCGGAGUAUGUGGAGAAGUAUAACCAGCAGCAGCUUUCUGAGAGGCUGCUUGUGGAGCAGAUGUCACCAGGACCGUCUCAAGAAGAAAACUCCUCCGCACCCAUGUUAGAAAGAGUUGUCAAUUCUGUGGGAGAAGACGUGAAAAGAAUAGAUGCUGUGAAGGAUAGGAAACAGUCACUCCCAACUUGGAUGAUGUUCGUGCUAGUUUCCAUCUUUGGCAUUGUAAUGGCACUGCCUCUGCUUCAACUUUGAUAUAUAGGGUGACAAAUGAAUAUUCGUAGGGGUCAGUAGACAUAUAUAGGCUUCUGUGAGUCAAGGGACACAUUUCAAAUGCUACUUAAGUUUGUCAAGUGUCUAACAUAAUUUUUGUAUAGGAUCAAUGCCAAGGAGACUCAUUUCGAUCUCUCUUGUUGAUGUUUCUCCUUUUAUGUCGAUGUUGACAUCAGGUUGUAAGUUGAUGUUCAAACGUUACAUGCUUGUGAUGUUAUCUCAAUUUAGUCCGAGUUUUGUGUUUGAUAGUCUUA